UCUCGCGGUGUUUCUCGGGAAACGGUGAGCGCGAAUUCGGUGACCGGUCUGGUCUGAUCCGGUUCCCCUCUGGUCCUCCCAGUCCAGUGUGCGGCUGCCGAAGUCGAGUUUCAUUUUCCCCCUGAAAGAAUCGUUUGGGUGCACAAGAUGUCUAAAAGGAGAAGUAGCCCCGUCAGUGAAACCCCUUCCAAGCGAGGCAGAUCUAUGGAGGAAGAUGAUGAAGAGGAGGAUGAUAAUAUCACCAAGGAAGUUCUGAGUAGUCAGGGUACUGGUGGCGUGGUGAGUGAUGCAGGAAUUGUGCAAAGCAUCACACUGAAGAACUUUAUGUGCCACACGCUCCUCGGCCCAUUCGAGUUCGGUCCCAAUGUCAACUUUGUCGUCGGCAAUAAUGGAAGUGGAAAAAGUGCCGUUCUGACGGCUCUCAUAGUCGCUUUAGGUGGAAAUGCUCAGGCCACAAACCGCGGGUCAUCCCUCAAGAGUUUUGUGAAGGAAGGUGAAAGUUCAGCAGAUGUGUCAAUCACUCUCCGUAACAAAGGAAGAGACGCUUUCAAGCCUGAAGUGUUUGGUCCAUCUAUCACGAUAGACCUGAGAAUAACACGCGAGGGCCUGAGAACUUAUAAACUUAGAAGCAAAUCAGGUCAGGUAAUCUCAAGCAAAAAGGAAGACCUAAUUUCCAUCCUGGACAAUUUUAAUAUUCAGGUAAACAAUCCUGUGUCAGUUCUCACUCAGGAGAUGAGCAAAUAUUUCCUACACUCUAAAGGAGAAGGGGACAAGUAUAAGUUUUUUAUGAAAGCCACCCAACUCGAGCAGAUGAGAGAGGACUUUGUCUACAUAAAAACCACCAAGGAUGUCACUAAGGAUAAAGUUGAGCAACACAGUGAGUGCUUGAAAGACGUGAAGCAGAAGUUUCAGGAGAAAGAGGAAUGUUUCAAGAGCCUCGAAUCGCUUGAUGGAAUGAGGAACAAACUGGAGGAGCUGCAGAAGCAGAUGGCGUGGGCUUUGGUGAUUGAGCAGGAGAAGGAGUUGGAACCAAUGAAGGAGAAGCUGCAGGCAGAUCAACAUUCCACAGAGAAAUAUGAUGAGAAGGUGGAUGAGUGGAAGAAUAAGGUCGAGGAAGCUGAGAAGAAAUACAAGCAGAUUCAGGAGCAAUUGGAGGGUAUCACCCAUCAAGUCCAGGAGCUCCAGCCCAAAUGCGCUCAGCUCAAGGCCGAGGCCCAGAAACGUAAUACCCUUCUUAAGUCCAGCGAGGUCACAGUGCACAGAUGUAAAGCCAACCUGAAGGACCUGGAAAAGGACAAAGUUCAGCUGUCUUCACGGAUUAAAGAUCUCAAGCUGAGCAUCAGUCAAACAUCAGGAGCAGAGAGCCAGGCCAAGGCGGCUCGUGUGGAUCAGAUCCAGGCGGAGCUGGAAGACUUGAAACAGCAGAUCUCCACUCAGGGCCAGCAGAUUGAUCAGUACCAGCACGCCAGCGGCCGUGCCAAAGAAGAGAAAGGAAAGAUGAGGAGGGAACAGGAAGUGCUCCAGAGGUCCAUCGAUGCCAACAGAAGGAACCUGCAGACUAUGGAGAGCAGUCGCUCUAAUCGACUGCGGCGUUUUGGAGAGCACAUGCCUGCGCUGCUGAGCGCCAUCCAGGACGCUCACAGGAGGGGGCAGUUCAAGCAGAUACCCCGGGGACCUCUGGGUUACCUUAUUAGCCUGAAAGACCCAGAGCUGGCCCUGGCCAUAGAAGUGUGCCUUAAAGGCCUGCUGCAGGCCUUCACCUGUGACAACUACGAGGACGAGAAGGUGCUGCAGGGCCUCAUGACCAAUAUUUUCCCAGCAGGCCGCAGACCUUCAAUCAUUACCAGCAUUUUCCUCCAACGUGUCCAUGAUACCAGAAAGAGGUCUGUGAAUCACCCGCAGUAUCCCUCCGUGCUUCAGGCUCUAGAAAUUGAGGACCCGGUUGUGGCCAACUGCCUGAUUGAUCAAAGGGGUGUUGAGAGCAUUCUGCUUAUUAAGGAUCGCACAGAGGCACGGCGAGUGAUGCAGGGCAGAAAUCCUCCCCAAAACUGUAACGUGGCCUUCUCCGUUGACGGAGAUCAGAUCUAUAAUAACCGCAGUUACAGCUCUGAUCAGACCAGAGCCAACUUUCUCUCUGGAGACGUUGAGGAGGAGAUCAGGCAUUUGCAGAGGGAGCUGGAGAACCAGAGAGCUCAGGAAAAACGUUUCCAACAACAGAUGAAGAAGCUGGAUGAUGACAUCAAAGAGAAUGAAGGGCUGCUAAGGAGAGCAUAUAUGGAUCAAAAGACAACUAAAGGCAAAGCCACAAAGUUACAGCUAGAGCUGACAGACCUACAGAAUGUGGAAGAGCCUCAGUCAGAGGACCUCAGGCCCCUGGAGGAGGAUCUUCAGGAGAUCGUCGGCAAGAUCUCGUCUAAGCGCGACGAGUUCGAGGACGCACGAACACAGAUGUCUGAACUCAAAGCCGCCUACGAAAAGGCAGAAGAGGAGUACCAGCAGCACAAAGAGCGCAUCAACACCAUCGCUGAGGAUGCUGAUCCAGUCAAGGAAGACCUCAGUAAAGCUGACCAGGAGAUCACGAAGUGCAAACACCACAAAAAACACUAUGAUGAGAAACGCAAUAUCCUUCUCCGCAAUAUCCAGGCUCAAGAAGCCACCGUAAAAAGCAUGGAGCAGAAAAUACAGCUGUCCGUUGCCAAAGCCACAGAGAUCUGUCCGAACCGCGUGGAGGUCCGUCGUACAGCCAAGAGUCUGGACAGUGAGAUCAGCCGCCUCAAGGUUAAGAUCAGUACCCAGCAGGAACAACAGGGGGACCGCAGGGAGAUUGUAAAGCAGUACCACGAGGCUCUACAGAACUACAAGAACAUGACUCUGCAAAUGAAGAAUCUCAACAGCUUCAUCAGAAGCCUGGACAGCGUUAUGAACCAGAGACUUAAGGUUUACACUGACCUCAGGAGGUUCCUCGCCGCUCGCUGUAAAUACUACUUUGAUAGCAUGCUGGCUCAGAGAGGCUACAGUGGAAGUAUGACCUUUGACCACAAGAAAGAAACCCUCUCCAUCUCAGUGCAGCCAGGCCAAGGAAACAAGGCCGACCUGAGCGACAUGCGCUCGCUGUCCGGAGGCGAGCGCUCCUUCUCCACUGUUUGCUUUGUUCUCUCUCUCUGGGCCAUCACAGAGGCGCCUUUCCGCUGUCUUGAUGAGUUUGAUGUUUACAUGGACAUGGUGAACAGGAGGAUCUCCAUGGACAUGAUGUUGAAGGUGGCGGCUGGUCAACGCUACAGACAGUUCAUUUUCCUCACCCCGCAGAGCAUGGGUUCUCUUCCAGAGAGCGAGAUCAUCAGCAUCCACCGCCUCAAAGAUCCGGACCGCAGUCAGAACACACAACAUCCAGAUGAAAACAGGAAAUAAAGGACCAGUUUGCAGUUUUCUAUGAAUUCUAUAAGCACAUGUUGAAUAUUGUUAUUUUAUUUUUUAAUAUUGUUAUUGUUGUUAUUUUAAACGAGGUAAUCGGAACAUGUUGGGUUCUCACUGCCUGUUUAUGUUCUGUUGUAAAAGUUAAGCUACAAUGUUUGUAAUUAAAGUUAAGAGACAUGUUCUGA